AUGCCCCCUUUGAAAUCUCCUGGACCGGACGGCUUUCCUACGAAAUUCUUUAAGGAUUAUUGGGACAUCGUGGGACCUCAGACCAUAGAGUUCGUGCAUGAAUUCUUUCGUUUUGGGACUUUCAGCAAGGAGAUUAACCAAACGUUUAUGGUUCUAAUUCCUAAAAGACCCAAUGCCAACUGUUUUGAUGAAUUCAGACCAAUUAGUCUGUGUAACACAUCGUAUAAAAUUAUUGCCAAGCUCUUGGCUAAUCGGCUGUGUAUGGUGUUAGACAAAAUUAUCUCUCCUAACCAGUCCACAUUUGUGCAAGGAAGAUGGAUUGUGGAGAAUUCAAUUAUUGCUAAUGAGUUGUUCUUUGAAUUAAACAAGAGACAAGGAAACUCUGCUUAUGUUGGGGUCAAGUGCGACAUGUCCAAAGCCUACGAUCGCUUGGAAUGGAGCUUUGUUUUAAAGGUAAUGCGUUGCAUUGGUUUUAAUCACCAUUUCUGCAAAAUGAUUCUCUGCUGUUUGUCUUCUGUAAACUUUCAGCUGUUGCUUAAUGAUGGUUUAACUAAAACUUUCUAUCCUAAACGAGGCCUCAGACAAGGCAAUCGUCUCUCGCCCUAUUUAUUUAUUAUAGGCGCGGAGGUGUUAACUCGAAUUCUUUUGUUGGAAGAAAGUAAGGGUAAUCUGAAUGGUUUUUCUUUCUCUUGCGAGGGCCCUUCAAUCUCCCACUUGAUGUAUGCGGACGAUCUUCUCAUUUUUCCCAAAGCUGACCAACGAAACCGAGAUACGGUCAUUGAUGCUAUUGAUAAAUAUUGCAAAUGGUCGGGGCAGAGGAUUAAUGUGUCUAAAUCCAAAUUAUUUUUCUCUAAAAAUUGCUCUGCCAGGUGCCGUGAGGAUUUUCUUCAGGUUUUGGGUUUUGACGAAAUGUCGGGGGAGGAGAAAUUUUUGGGCAACCCGAUCAUUUUCAAUGGCCGUCGAAGUUCUGAUUUUGAUUUUGUUAUUGAUAAGAUUUGCUCUCGGUUAGAAGGCUGGAGGGCCAACCUUCUAUCUCAAGCGGCUCGGAUGACUCUUAUCAAAAGUGUUCUUGCCUCUAUCCCUAUCUACACUAUGUCAACUUUCCUGCUGCCCAGGAAGACUACGGAUCGCAUAGACUCAAUUGUGAGAAAAUUUUGGUGGACUGGUCAGUGUAAAGAAGGUAGAUUUCUCUCUCUAAAGGCCUGGGAUUGUCUCUGUAAACCCAAAGCCUGCGGAGGUUUGGGAUUUAAGCGUGCUAAGGAUAUAAAUUUUUGUCUGUUGGCUAAAUUGGGUUGGUUUUUGGCCUCGGGGACUGUAUCUCUUUGGACUUCGGUUAUCAAUGCAAAAUAUUGUAGAAAUGCUGGGUUCCUUUCCACUUCUCUUCCUUAUAGAGCUUCCCCAGUGGCGAGAGGCAUCUGGGCUACUCGAGACUUCAUUACUGAUAAUAGUGUGUGGAUUGGUGGACAUAAUUCCUUUAUUGAUUUUUGGUGUCAACAAUGGUUGUGUGGAGAUGGCCCUAUUCUUCACAAGGGCGUUAUUAACCCGCUGAUAAAGAAUCUGAAUUUGGUUAGCGAUUUGGUUGAUAUUGACUCCUCCGUGUGGAAUGUCCGAAUGGUAGAGGAUGUUUUUGUCCCUGAUGCGGCUUCGAUGAUCAUCUCUUCUGAUAGGAAUGUUUUCCCUGUCGUGGACAUCGCCUGUUGGAAAUCCUCUAAGGAUGGAAGUUUCUCUUUGAAAGCAGCUUACUGGGAUUAUAACAAGUCUAGAUUUGCUGAAAAGGAUAAUCUUUGUGAAAAGAUCUGGCUUGCAAAAAUCCAUGAACGUUUCAAGGUCUUCUUAUGGAAACUUUGUCAAGAUGCUCUUCCUUUUGGCUCAAAGUUGCAGAGCAUUUUAGGGAAGCCCCUUGGCUCGUGUUAUCUCUGCGGCUGCAAGGAAAAAGACACUGCUGAACAUUUCAUCUCUGGUUGUUUGAUCACGAGACGGCUUUGGUUCUCCUCCCACUGGGGCCUUCGACUAUAUGCUCUCUCUUCUCUAAAUGGCAGGGAUUCGGUCGCAUGGCUCCUCCAUCCUCCUUUUCAGCAUCUUCUCAAUUCGCAGGAGCUUUAUAGUUUUUUUCUUUAUGCCUAUCAUAACGGGAUUCCUGUGGAGUUUAAGUUGCUGCAAAAGAAUAUUGAGACUUGUUUUUCUGAGCAUGAGAAGGUUCGGACUGUGGAGAAUGAGAGGCCGGAUUCGGGUCUAGGUGUGGUGGAUUACAUAUGGGGACUGCCAAGGCCUGGAAGAGUGCAGGGUUUCGUGGAUUUUGCCUCGGACAGGGAGAUGGGGGCCAUGGCUGUGGUUCUCUUUGAUGCCUCUGGUUCGGUUAUGGCUUUUGGUGCGAAGAAAGUAGUAGUUCAUGAUGUCUUUCAAGGGGAAUUGGAGGCCUUGCUCUUUGGAGUUACACUGGCUCUUGACAUGCAGAUAGAAAGGGUGGACUUUCACUCAGACAACUCUAUGCUGGUUAAAGGCUUGAUGGACCGAAACUCCCCGUCUUGGCGUUCUCAUUUCUCUUUUGCUAAACUUUAUGAUCUUUUACUUAGUUUUGAUUGCUCUGUUUCUUGGAUUUCUCGUGUUUUAAAUAAGGCUGCGCAUACUCUUGCUAGAUGGGGUCUGUCUCAUUCUUGUAAUGGUUUAUUGCGUUUUUGGGAGGUGAGUCCCCAUGUGCUCACCAAACUUUGCAUUUUGUCUUAA